AUGUCUUUAUUUGUAGGCGAUGACGAUGAUGAUAUCCAUACAGAUGGUAAUGUCGUGAUCAACGAUGGGGGAAUUGUGGUGGAAUUAAAGGAUGAUGCUGAAGAAGAGAACAACGUGAUAGAAAAUGGAGAUGUUCAAGUGAGCAAUGACAAUGAUACUGGAAAAGAUACUGAAAAAGAGAUUGAUGAUGAUAUAAUUCAUGAGGUGAUACACGAAACCAUAAAUGAAAUAGGCCUUAAUUUAACUUUCAAAUAUCAACGAGAAAUCGUCGAUGAUUUGUUGUCAAAAGACGGUUUGCUCAUCCUAGGAAGAGGUUUGGGGUGGGAAUUGAUAGUUGCUAAUAUUCUUUACAUCCUCAAUUUGUCCAAUAUGAAAGACAAGUUGCCUAACCCACCGUCCAAUCGUAAGAGUUUAUUGAUCGUUUUGAAUGCUAAUGAAGUGGAAAAUGUCAAGUUACAGAAAGAACUACGAAAUCUAGGCACAGAAAUGAUAAUGAUUACAGGUGAAUCUACAGUUGCUGAUAAGAGAAGACAAAUUUAUGAUGAAGGAGGAAUCGUUUCUGUCACUUCAAGAAUAUUGGUAGUCGAUUUACUAUCUGAAAUAUUAUUACCUGAAGAAGUCAAUGGGUUUUUUAUUUUGCACAGUGAAAGGAUUAAAGAGACCUCUAAUGAAUCUUUUAUUGUCAACUUGUACAGAGAUAGAAAUCAAUGGGGAUGUAUCAAAGCUUUUUCUGAUGAUCCUGAAUCUUUCACGGGUUUCACUCCUUUGGCAACAAGAUUGAAAAAUUUGAAAUUAUCAACUACGUUUUUAUGGCCAAGAUUUCAUGUUUCUGUAUCGGAAUCCCUAAGUUUCAGACAUAAGAAGUAUUCCAGAGAUUUGAAGACUGUUAAUGAGUACAAAAUCAAGUUGACUUACAAGAUGGUGAGAAUUCAAUCAGCCAUAAUAACGUGUCUUACUGAAUGUUUAAAAGAACUAACGAGACAUAACCAAACCUUGGCAACUGAGUACUGGGAUAUGGAAAAUAUCUAUGAUGUGGACUUUGUUCAGAGAAUCAGAUUAUCCUUGGAGUCGCAAUGGCAUAGAGUAUCGAUUACUACCAAGUUGUUGAUCUCCGAUUUGUCCUUUUUGAAGGGUUUAUUAAACAGCUUAUUGACAAAAGAUUGUGUGACUUUUUAUCAGAUAGUUCAAAGCGCUGUUGAUAACAACAUAAGACCAUCUAAGUCCUUACAUAUUUCGUCCAUGAGUCCAUGGUUGAACUCUGAUGUUGCUCCUACUAUCAUAUCGUUUGCUAGAGAAAGAGCUUUGGGUAUACAUAAUAAUGAAUACGUUUUGGAAUCAUUACCCAAAUGGGAUGAGUUGGAAACUUUGUUAAAGGAUCUUGGUCCCAAUAAUGACAAUAAGAUAUUGAUUAUGACUUCUAAUGAAAGUAAGGAGAUAAUAGAUAAUUUUAUUCAUAAUUUUAAGACAAGUGGUAAAUUUUUCAUCAGAAGAUUUUUAGCCAGGAGAAUCAAUAGCUACAUAGCAUGGAAAGAAAUAAGCAAAUUUUCAAGGCAAUUGAGUAAUGCUGUUAAUGAUGAGCAAGAUGAAGCUAUCAAUGUGUCUAAAACUUUUGUCAGAGACAGAGAGGUACAUAGUAAGAGAAGAAGAACCCGGGGUGCAGCCUCAGUUUCGAACGUCGAUAGAUUAUAUGCUGCCAACGGUGAUAGAAACCCUGAAGCUGCUGAUAUUGAUGAAGAAUUGUUGAAUAAAAUCGAUGAUGAUAUUGAGAUAACAGGUGUUUACCCUGCUAAUUUCGAACCAUCAGAGGGGGGAUUCAUCAAAAGUGAAGUCAAGAAAGAAUUUGAUGACGACCUCCUGAUAAUAGAAGAGAGAAGGUACAAUAUAGUAGUUGAGUCUUAUGGAACGAACGACGAACCUUUCCUUUUGGACACUCACAAACCAACACAUAUAAUUUUAUACGAGCCAGAUUUAUCUUUCAUUAGAAGGAUAGAAAAUUACCAAGGAUUGAACGAAAAGAAUCCUGCCAUAAUUUAUAUGUUAUAUUAUGGUGAUUCAACAGACGAACAUGAAUAUUUGACACAUAUGAAGAAAGAGAAAGAAUCUUUCACCAGAUUAAUCAGAGAAAAAGCCAAUCUCUCGAAACAUUUUGAAACAAAGGAGGAUACUAAAUUCAAAAUUACGAAAAACAAUGUUGUUAAUACCAGGAUUGCCGGAGGACAACAUUUCCAAACUGAAGAUGAUGAGUUCAGAGUUAUUGUCGAUGUGAGAGAAUUCCGUUCCUCUUUGCCCAAUUUAUUGUAUAGAGUUGGAUGCAAGGUAUUACCUUGUAUGUUGACUGUUGGAGAUUAUAUUUUGACACCGAAAAUAUGUGUUGAAAGGAAAGCAAUUCCAGAUUUGAUUUCAAGUUUCAAAAGUGGUAGGUUAUACAAUCAAUGUGAACAGAUGUUUAGACAUUAUGAGAUCCCAGUGUUGUUGAUUGAAUUUGAUGAAAACAAAUCAUUUUCUUUUGAACCAUUCAAUGAACAUAGACAUCAGAGAAAUAUGAAGCCUAUUACUUCGAAAUUCUUACAAGAUGACUUACAGAGCAAAUUAUCCAUGUUGUUGGUAUCAUUUCCCAAAUUGAAGAUUAUUUGGUCUUCUUCACCUUAUGAAACGUCACAAAUCUUCGUGGAGUUGAAAUCUGGAGAAUUACCACCUGAUGUGAGUCUGGCUAUCAGAAAAGGUUUAGACCCCAAUGAAAAUCCAUCUUUAGUGAAUGAAGAAGCUUUGGAUAUCUUGACCAGUAUUCCUGGUGUUAAUAAUUCCAACGUUUACAGAUUAAUGAACUCAGUAAAGAACAUAGAGGAGUUCGUUGAUUUACCCAAGACAAAAUUGAUCGAAUUGAUGGGUGUAGAAAAUGGGACCAAAGCCUAUAAUUUCAUAAACCAUAAAAUUGGAAUUCAAUUCAUUCCUGAUACAUAG